UCAGUAAUUAAAUUUUUAACAAUAAACUUUAAACCCAUCUUCUAUUUUUAAACUUCUCUUUUUAUCUUUAAAACCCUCGCCUUGACUGUCAGUUGUUCGUGUUUCUUUUGCUUCUUUGAGAGGAAGAUCACAAGUUCAACGAUCGAAUCAUACAGGACAGGACUGGAAAAUUCUGGAGGUUGCUGGGAAAAUAUAUAGAGGAGCUUCACAAUUUAUCAGAAAAUCUGUGUUUAGAUGAGCUCUGCUUUCACGAUUAUCUAUUUUAGUGCAUUGAUUUUCACAGGUGGCUGUCUAUGAGCUAUCUGGGUUCGAAGAGUGGAACUAUUUUUGUUUUAUUAGUAAAACAGAUUCCCGGAUUACCUCGUGGAGAAACCCAGUUCAAAGGAAGGAGUAUUUUUAAAAGCAUAAACAACAUUGCCAAGCCAGCUAACCCUGGUGGAAUGGACCAGCAAGGCCAUGGGCAGCCUCCAACAGUAGGCAUGAUUGGAAGGACAGCUCCGGUUCCUUGUGGAAUGGCUUCAUAUCAACCUAACCAGAUGAUGGGACCUUCUGCAGCUGGAUCAGUUCAAUCUCCUGCUCAACCAGCAGUUCUUGCUGCUGCUUCAGCUCAGCUUGCUCAACACCAACUUGCUUACCAGCACAUCCACCAGCAACAGCAGCAACAGUUGCUGCAACAACUUCAAACUUUCUGGGCAAAUCAGUAUCAAGAAAUUGAGCAGACUGCUGAUUUUAAGAACCAUAGCCUGCCCUUGGCUAGGAUUAAGAAGAUUAUGAAGGCAGAUGAAGAUGUAAGGAUGAUAUCAGCUGAAGCUCCUGUCAUAUUUGCCAGGGCCUGUGAGAUGUUUAUUUUAGAACUGACAUUGCGUUCUUGGAAUCACACAGAGGAGAACAAAAGGAGAACACUCCAAAAGAAUGACAUUGCUGCAGCAAUCACAAGAACUGAUAUUUUUGAUUUUCUGGUUGAUAUUGUCCCAAGGGAGGAUUUGAAAGAUGAGGUGUUAGCAUCAGUCCCAAGAGGGAGUCUUCCAGUUGGAGGUCCACCUGAUGCUCUUCCCUACUAUUACAUGCCACAUCAGCUUGCUCCCCAGGUCUCUGCUCCGGGGAUGACUGUAGGAAAGCCUGUGGUGGAUCAAUCUCUUUAUGGCCAGCAGUCUCGCCCUUAUGUGGCACAGCAGAUUUGGCCACAGCAAACACUGCAGCCACCUGAAGAUUCCUGAGCAGGCCAUGCACUGGCUGUAGUUAAAACAUGGAUAAUGCGAGUAAAUUAAAGGUUGAAAAGCUAGGGGUUGAUCAAUUAGACUUUUAUGCAAGUCAUAACGUGUCAUUUUCUAUAGUUUUUGUUUCUUUAAAUUUCAUCUGUUUCUAAUACUGUCAAGGAUGUGAAUUCAGCUGUUGUGGAUAAUUGGAUUAACUGUAAUCCUUUUGGCAUGUGAAAAAUCAUGGUUUUGGGGUUCAUCUAUGUUAUUAUUCUCUUUAUGAAGUCAUCUA